AUGGCUACCGUUCCUGGGGCUUGGUCUUGGGGGUCUGGGGGCCGUCUGCGGGGCGCCUCUGGGGGAGUACUGCGCAAGCCGAAGAGCGCCAGCACCAACGCUUCGAACAUCGCGAUCCCGAAGCUGGCAAACAAAAAGGGCGCGAAAGCGGGGAAGACGGCAGAAGGACGGAGAGGAGGGUUGAGGAACGGGAAGGCGGAUGCCGCCGCGAGCGAGCAUCUAGUGCUGGAACCUGGCUCGCUGGUGGCCCUGCUCGUGCUCGAGCCCGCCCAAAAAAAAUGCUGGGCGGCGCCACGUACGAACAUCCUGCGCCGAAAGCAGCCGCAGAGGGGCUCGCCGGCGCCCUUGCCCCGCGGCGCGCAGUGCACGAAGAGAGACAGGCGUCCCGCGCUACACAUGACUGCAUAG